AUUAGCAGAAAGAAUGACAGUGUUAAACAUAAAAAGAAAAAGAAAACACAGGUGUCCAAGCACCUAGUAACCAUAGCAACUCCCUCCUCCAUCCCACCAAUCCAAGCAUAGACUGCCCUAUAUAACCAAGCUGCAGCCCCUCCUCCUCCUCUUUCUUUCUGCUCGUUAGCAGCAUCAGUGUCUAACAGAUAAGUGCAUUAAUAAUUCUCAUUCCUGUCACCCACACUGUAAUUUCUCCCUUUACCCUGUACUCCCAGGGUUGGGGGACUUCUGCCCUCUGUGGCCAGCUUCUGAGGGAGCGAGGGUCCCUCUCCCUCUCUCUCUCUCUAUCUUUAUCUCUCUCCCUCCCCCCUCUCUUUUUUCUAUCUAUAUACAUCUAUAUAUCUAUAUCCGUUUCCCCUUUUUUCGUCCUCUGGGUCGGUAUUUCAGACCCAGGGAACUGUACCGUUGUUCUGUCUCACUUAUUUUUUCUCCCCUUUGGCGCUCCGCCAUUUUUCCUGACUCCGCCCCCCUUCUUCUCCGGCUUUCAGUCUGAGAUCUCCUGAGCGCUUCGCGCGCUGCAGGGGGGCGUGUCCGCACGUUCGCUUCGCGAGCGUUUUGGCCUGUUACCUCGCCUACGUGCGGGGCCUUCUGUGUGGUGCCCCGGCGAGUCCCUUGGUUGCGCGGCCCGGCCGUUUCGUCGGUCGCCGACUCAGGGAUUCCCCGCGGCCCCUCCGUUCAUCAUUCGGCGCUGGCGCAUUAAUAUCGCCUUACCCAGUUCGCAACUGAGUGGGAUUUUUUCGCUGCGCAUUAUUGCGAACAUUUUUCUCUCUCUCUCUUAUUGUAUACUCUGGUAUAAUUAUAGGUUAUUUAUUCACUGCAGUUAAUGCUAGUCCCUCUGUCUGUUCUCUCUUUACAGCUGGGACUGCACACUUAUAUUGUACAUCCAUACAUAUUUUAACUACAUCAUGUCUGAUGAUCAGCUAUCUCCACCUAAUGGUGGGCUGACUCAUUCAUCUCAGGACCAUAUCCUAGCCCCUUCUGAAUUAUUGCAACAGAUGGUGUCUACAUCGGUCCAAUCCGCCCUGGCCUCCGCCAUGUCAUCUGUCAAUGACAGCAUAUCAAAAUCUGUUUCCAUGGCGUUGUCACGGCAACACCGGGAAGGGCCGGCCUCUUCAGAUACCCCCUUGGUCGCCUCCCACAUACAAUCCCAGGCUUCCAGCCUACUAAGACCCGGCAAGUCGGACCGGAAGAGACGCUAUUGCUCCGACUUAGAUACCCACCUUACCAAUACACCUACUAUUGGAGGUGGUUCUAAACUAACUAAGACCUCAGUGCCUCCUGAGGAUACCAAUGUGAGUGCUCAGAACCCCACAGAUGGGGAUGACGUGCCCGGUGGAACCUCUCGGUCCUCCAGGCGUAAUAAACCCGAUUCUUUUGUUGAAGAUUCAGAUGGCACCUCAGACUCUGGGGAUGAUGAUUUAUAUGAGUUGGAGGACGAGGAUCUGGAAGGGAACGCAAGUCGUUCUCCUCCACAUGGCUCCGCUGACACAAGCGCCCCCGGGGCGAUCUUGGAUUCCAUGGGAAUUCCAUUCUUCAGCCCGGAGAAUAUCAAACACCCCCGUUCGGGGGAGUGGACGCCCAUGUCACAGGUGGCUGAUUAUGUUUCGGCUUGGCUGCGCAAAUCUUUAGAUGGUCGCAACCGCAAUAAACUGAGGGCGGAGUGUCCACGACCGUCACUGCCCAAUAAUGUCGCCACGACGCCAGAGUUGGACCCCAUUCUGGUGCGCUAUCUGGUUAAGACCGGUAAAAACCCUAAAAAGGGUAUUGACAAAUCUUUCAAAACUGUUCAGGACAAAUUGUUGGAUGUCCUUGGGCCUAUGACUAAGAUUUUACAAUUGGCCGAACAUGCUGUCGCUUCAGGUGAAGUAAUUGAUGCAGACAUUUUACGGGGCUGGGCAUUACGAGCAGUUUGCUUGCUCGGCAAUGCAAACACUGCGGCGUCUACGGAACGCCGGAGAUCCAUCCUUAUGCGGCUGGAUCCCCAACUUACUCACCUGGCUACCGACGAACCUGGUCCGCCAGCGGACGGUUUACUAUUCGGGGAGGCCUUUCUUAAAAAUAUAAAUAAGUAUGUUGGCCUUUUCUCGGGCCUUGACAAAGCCCAAUCCUCUUUAAAAAAGGUGGGCGCUAACAAGGUUUUCCCCAGGGCUGGAAGGGGUAGGGGUCGCCCUUCCGGCCGUGCCACCAACUAUAGACCCUAUAACAGGGGCCACUACAUGCCUGACAGACAAUAUUACACACCAGUUCCCCAGCCACCACAGCCCUCGACUCCAUUCUUUCCGCCUAGAGGACGUCCGUGGAGAGCGAGGGGUGCCAGCCGCGGAUACCCAAGAUCCAGGGGCACAGGAUAUUGAAGAAUGGUUCUGCCUUGCCACGGUUCUUUGUUGGGGUCAGCUGCGUGACCUAUCCGGUUGAUCGUUCCUGUUUGAAGAUUGACGUUCUGCGUUAUUGGUUCAAGAUCCUCCGUGUGGACGCCGCCGCGCGAGUUCUGCAGUUUCGAUGCUGGACUUCGUCACGGCAUAAAGAAAGAGGAGGAGGAGGGGCUGCAGCUUGGUUAUAUAGGGCAGUCUAUGCUUGGAUUGGUGGGAUGGAGGAGGGAGUUGCUAUGGUUACUAGGUGCUUGGACACCUGUGUUUUCUUUUUCUUUUUAUGUUUAACACUGUCAUUCUUUCUGCUAAUGGGCAAAAUAAA